CUGACCACAUUCUCCCCGGUGACUCAGUGACGCCGCCGUCUGUGCCUUCCUGAGGCUGACCCUGUACCCUGACACGUGCUGUCUGGGACAAGCUUUCUGUGCCCCGACUGCAGCAUCAGGGCCAGAGAACGGUUGCAGGGAAGGCACAGUCCCUAGGCCUCGUGCCAAAGUCAAGGCACGUUCCUUACCAUGGGCGGGAUUCUGCUAGCGUGUUAUUCACGGGCAGUCCAGACAGAUCCCGCAAAAGGCCUAAGUUUGUAGAGUAAUUUGAAGAGGAGGGUGUGGGAAGAGGAGGGUUGGGAAGAGGGGGUGGUGGGAAGAGGAGGGUGUGGGUUCAAUGCCUGUGACUGAGGGGAUGGCCGGGACCCGGCCCUGAGACCAUCCCUCGGAGGCAGCAGUGUGGAAAUGUCCUGGAAGCACCUCCAGCCUUCACAUAGAUUCCCGAUAAUUCCCUAGUUUCAGCCGCCUGUUCCCAGCUGUUCAUUCCCUCUGACUUCCUCAGAGCCCGAUUCCCCUGGGGCCACUGCCAGGCCAGACUCUCACCCGCUGGGGAAACCUUUCUGAAGGCUGCUCCUGGAGGCAGGACCAAGUCUGGGGUGAUGGCCAGGAUGCCCUCCAUGGGGAUCACAGCCAUGCAUGGGGGUGUCCAGUCCGAGACCUGCACACGUGUGCUGGGUGCAAGGCAGGUGGCUCCUGGCCUCUGUAAAUCAGACCUCAGCUGUUCACCAGAAACCUGGAGCCCAAAUCCUCCCCAGACCAGUGCAGAAGGCCUGUCCGCUAGAGAGGCCACUGUCCCCCUGGCUCCUGACUCAAGGGCAAGUCCCACAUAAGAGGCCUCGCAGCCUCCAGUCGGCCUCCUACUCAGAAAACCUGUCUUCUGUGUGCAGCAGAGCCGGCUCCUUCUGCAAGCUUCUGACCUCCAAUCCUAGGAUCCCUGUCCCCCCUGCCCCAGGGUCCCCGUCCCUCUAAUCCUAGGGCCUCUGUCACUCCUGCCCCAGGACCCCCAUCCCUCCAAUCACAGGACCCCUGUCCCACCUGCCCCAGGACCUUUGUGCCCCCCAUUUCUUCUGCCUUCAACACCCUUUGCCCCCACCCCUGCUUUACUAACUUCGAGUCAGCCCCGACCGCAGCACCAGCACUACUCACUUCCAGCCCCUGCUGACACCUGCCUUUGUUAGUCUUUCUUGGUGGCUGCAGGUUCAGCAGAAACUCUAGGCCAGGCGUUGUCUCUGGGACCUAGGAGAGUGCUGGUGCUUGGUCAUGUGUGUUGAAUGAGUAGUAAAUGGCAAAGGUUGUUGCUGCCCCAAGACGCUUCAAGAGAAAGCAGCCCCCUAACCCCAGCUGGGAGGAGGAGGAAGCACCCUGGGCUGGUCAGGUGGGAGAGGAGCUGAGCAGGUCGGGCCACCUGGGCUGACACCGCAGGAGCUCUGUGUGGAUGGGACGCCUGGGGCCACCUGGGCUGACACCGCAGGAACUCCAUGUGGAUGGGACGCCUGCGGUCGGCUGCAGGAGGCCUCGUGGGGGAGGAGCUGAGCAGGUCGGGCCACCUGGGCUGACGCCGCAGGAGCUCCGCGUGGAUGGGACGCCUGCGGUCGGCUGCAGGAGGCCUCGUGGGGAGGCCACAGGGCCCCUCUUCUGCCUUUUGAGUGGAGACCUCCAAGGCUCCAGCACAUAAAGCACCUUGGUCAAGCCGUUCCUGGCCACCCAGCCAUGUCUCCAGCCACACCAGUUCUCACCUCCGUUCCCCACGGCCCCAGCUGUCAGGUUUAAGGGUGGCAAAGAGCUCCGCGCACCGCCCAGCCUUGGCCUCUUCUGGGGCUUAGAGCUCCAGGACGCCUGGGCCUGAGCACCCUCAGCGUCCCCUCUUACGGCUCCAGCGAGGACGGCCAGGUGCCUGGCAGACGCUUGCACGCGCUCAUCCACGAGACCUCGUGUGCACUGUCCUGAGCCGGCCUGCGUCCUCAGAUGUUCCAGGUCAUCCAGCCGGAGCGUGCGCUGUACAUCCAGGCCAACAACUGCGUGGAGGCCAAGGACUGGAUCGACAUUCUCACCAAAGUGAGCCAGUGCAACCAGAAGCGCCUCACUGUCUACCACCCGUCCGCCUACCUGAGCGGCCACUGGCUGUGCUGUAGGGCGCCCUCGGACUCAGCUCCAGGCUGCUCGCCCUGCACCGGCGGCCUCCCAGCCAACAUCCAGCUGGACAUUGACGGGGACCGUGAGACAGAGCGUAUCUACUCCCUCUUCAACUCAUACAUGAGCAAGCUGGAGAAGAUGCAGGAGGCCUGUGGGAGCAAAUCCGUGUACGACGGCCCGGAGCAGGAGGAGUAUUCGACGUUCGUCAUUGACGACCCCCAGGAGACUUACAAGACGCUGAAGCAGGUCAUCGCUGGCGUCGGGGCUUUGGAGCAGGAGCACGCCCAGUAUAAGAGGGACAAGUUCAAGAAGACGAAAUAUGGAAGCCAGGAGCACCCCAUCGGAGACAAGAGUUUCCAGAACUACAUCCGGCAGCAGUCCGAGACCUCCACUCAUUCCAUUUAAAGUCUGCGGGACGCGCCCAGUGGCGCCAGUGAGCUGCCCGUGCAGAGCUGCAGCCUUUGGGAGGGAGAAGAAAAGGAAAAGCACAGCCAGCACAUGAGAUGCAGCCGCCCGGCCCAUGGACAAGUGGUGCUGGGGCUUCCCUCUACCAGAACCGCCGCCACCGCCACCACACCCCCUGCAGAAAGCCCACCUGGCCUUGUGGACCGUGUCGUCCUUUGGUUCUAUGCUUUUGGCUCUUUGUUUUUGGGGUUCUGGGGAUCAGCUGAAGGAUCAGGAAGUAGGGGCUGUGCUCUAGCCGCCGCCGGCCUCAGGGAGCCGCGGCCCGUCCAGUCGGCUGUGACCUGCACCUCUGGCCAUGUGUGUGUCUGUCUCACAUGCACGUCUGUCUUGCGUGCACGGUGCGGGUGGCACUGGGCUCUGUGGCUCUGUGCCCGGGGGGCCUGCUGGCCCCGUCUUGGCUUUCGGCUUCAUCACAUUGGGACGUUCAGAGCAUUACUCUCCCACUGUGCCUGCUGUCCAGGCGGCGUGGGAGGCGGCCUCCCUGUUCACUUUUGAGGUUCGUUUGAUUCCUGGCUAAAGGGUCAGUUUUGUGGCUGGGAGGUGCAGAACUACACGGAAAUCCCAGUCUGAGGAUGUCCUUGGUGCUUGGGGGAUACGGGUUCUGUCCACAGAGUCCCCUGGAGAGAAAAGUGUGGGCUCUAGCUUCUCCAGAUGUCUGCUGAGCCCACAGUUGAAGCCCCCAUUGUUUUGCUGGUCAAUGGGGUUUAAAAUCAGAAUUAACAUUGGCCACCCCCUGUGGAAGUUUGAAGAUUUUUAAAAUAGAAAUGUGCAUUUUUCAAGCUGUUUUUCUUUAUGUUUUUUAAGGACCAUUUUUAAUUAGCUCUUUGAUACAAAGUAAUUCAGAACGUCAAAACCUAUACCCACGAAAGGGAAGGCUGUCGGGAAGGCAAAUGGAACAGGAAUGGAGCCUGUCUCAGGAAGGCCAGCUGCAGGUCCUCAAGAAAAUCAAAGAAGGGAAGAAAUUCUGAGCUUGAGGUGCAGGGGCGUCAGGGGUGCAGACGUCCCUCCAGGGCCCGUGGCCAGUGUUGCACCUGCGUCGCGAACCCCCAGAUGCUGUGCAGGGCAGGGGCGGGGCUGCUGUUUUAUUGGGGAGGGGAGCAUCCUAAAAAUGGGGUCCAGACAGACCCCUCCAGACCUCACACUGCCAAGGAGGCCUUUCCCACAGGGCGUCCUCCCGGGAUGCAGACGGCAGGUGUGUGGGAGUGCCGUUUGAAUACACAGCACGACGUAUCCUUGUACUGACUUCUCCGGGUUCUUGUUUGAAAAUACUGUAGUUCAGACUCUUCAUCUCGAUGGCAGAUAUGAACUUUGUUGUCACAAAACUAGUGGAGGAAGAUGUUGUAAAAAUAGACUUUUGGACACACAGCUGUUGGGGCUGCAAUUUUUACCAUGGAUUUAUAACUUAACAUUUCUGUUUAUAAAAUACUAGUGAUUUGCAAUGUAUUUUACUGGCCAAUUAAAACAGAUGUUUUAUUCUUUCUGA